AAAACUUGGAGGUUAGAUUACACUCCCUGAAAAAUUGCAAGGGAUCGUUGGGGAUAUUAAAGUCUCCACCAUAACAACAAACGGACACCUGAAAGAAGAGGCGGACUAGGUGAUUCUACAUCGUUUGUCUGAAUUUGCUACAUAUCCGGAAUCUACACUUUAAAUAAGCUAUCAAGAAGAACAAAGAAGCCAUUACUACAGAGGAUUCUUGUUUUGUAACAAAGAAAAGAGUACUUAGUGUUUCUCAAACGCGACUUCGUUUGAAGAACAAAUAUAUCCGCCAGCCAUAACUUUAUGUAUUUAGAUUUUUCAUUUUCAGCCAGACGUACUACUAUGGUCAUAAUGGAAGUCCCUAGCAUCGACGGUGCCUCUUUCCGGGCACUCUUGGAGGGAGAUGACCCAGGCUGCCUUGUAUUGGACUGCCGUUCUUUUUUCUCUUUCAACUCCUCUCAUAUCCCCGGCUCUACGAAUGUGCGCUUUAGCACAAUUGUGCGCCGGAGAGCAAGAGGAGGACUUGGAUUGGAGCACAUCGUUCCAAACGAGGACACGAGAAACCGACUUGUUUCUGGAGAGUAUCAGACUGUAGUGUUUCUCGACGACCGAAGCUCGGAACUAAGCCAAGUGAAGAAAGACGGAACGCUGAUGCUUGCUGUUACUGCAAUGAGUCGCAAUCCCUGUGGUGCCACCAUAUUCUUUCUUAAAGGAGGCUUCGACAACUUCUCCAACGAAUAUCCGGAGAUGUGUACCAAGCCCGCCCCCCCUCAGGGCCUGAGCCUGCCCCUGAGUGCCAGUUGUCACCCAGACAGCAGCGACCCAGGCUGCAACUCUUGUAACACUCCGCUUUACGACCAGGGAGGCCCAGUGGAGAUUUUGCCCUUCCUCUACCUUGGCAGUGCCUACCAUGCCUCCAGGAAAGAUAUGCUAGACAUGCUUGGGAUCACAGCCCUUAUUAAUGUCUCAGCCAACUGUCCCAACCACUUUGAGGACCAUUUUCAAUACAAGAGCAUCCCCGUUGAGGACAACCACAAAGCUGACAUCAGUUCCUGGUUCAAUGAGGCCAUCGAAUUUAUUGACUCUAUACGAAACAAAGGUGGCCGCGUGUUCGUCCACUGCCAAGCGGGCAUCUCCCGGUCAGCCACAAUCUGCCUGGCGUACCUGAUGCGCACCAACCGGGUCAAGCUGGAGGAGGCGUUUGAGUUUGUCAAACAGCGGCGCAGCAUCAUCUCGCCCAACUUCAGCUUCAUGGGGCAGCUCCUGCAGUUCGAGUCCCAGGUGCUGGCCUCCACCAGCUGUUCUUCGGAGGCCGGGAGUCCGGCCAUGGGCAAGGGUGCCACCGUCUUCAACUUCCCCGUGUCCAUUCCUGUCCACGCGGGGGCUAGCCCGCUGGCCUUCCUCCACAGCCCCAUCACCACCUCUCCCACCUGCUAAAAGAGACUCUCUCCCUUUGGGACCUGAUUGUGCCUUGAUAAGUAGUCUGUUGUGGAGAUUCCUUCCAGUGAUGGGUGUAAAAAAGAGAAUGUUGCAGUGCAACUUCUGUUUGGCGUGCCACAUGGUGGUCUUUUUUUUUGGCCGUGGUGGUGGACAGUUGCUUCGCAGAGGUGAUGCCAAAAGCUUUGGCAGUCUCUCUCUAGCACGUGGCAGUAUUGUCGCAAUGUUCAGUAUUGGCAUCAAGGGCACCGUUUGUUGUUCAGCCCAAUACUUGAUGGUUUAUUGGUGUAGACUGACUGCAUGUGACUAGGUCAGUGGAUUUCCUCUAAGCAAAGGAGGUUUCCACAGACUUGUUUGCUAAAUAGUGAAGGAGAAGCCAAGUAUGAGAAGACUGAAUGGUAAUCCCAGGGUGAUCUGGUUUGAGGAAGAUUGUUGAUGGCUUUUGAUAAUCAGACAGAUCUUUUUGUCGUUUUUGUUUUGUCUCGUCUCUGGAACUCCAUGGGUCAUAUCUUUAGUGUAUAUCUGUCUCAGGAGUUUGUUAUUUCCAUGGCUUUAAACUAGUUACUUUCACUCUUGUAUACUCCAGUUGUAAGCCUUCGCAAAGACUUGCUCUGAGGACACCGGGAGGGGUAGACCCAUCUCCUCAGAUUCCGGCAUAUUUCUUUCUUGUUUUUUUUUUCUCCUAAGAACAAUGAAUGAAUGUAUUUCUUCUCAAUGGCCAUGAGGGUGGACAAAUACAUGCCAUCUGCCAGUGGCUGCCUUUUAAAACGACAUCAUAUCCCAUUACCCAUCAGCGUCAGACAGUUUUAUGUAAUUCUUUGUUUUUCUUUUAAACACAAAAUACCUCAUGACUCCGUACUGUUCCUAUACCUGGGCUCUGACCCUGAAAGCACUACCAGAGGGGAGUGUUUCUGGAUACUGUUUGAUAUGUCUCAUAUUUAUUGAACUAAAGUAAUAUAUUUGCUAUUAUUAUAUAUUUUUACAGUUGUUUGUGAUAUGUCAUAUUUUGAUACCGCUGAAAUAAAAUGUUCUUUUCGUACAAACUUGA